CUGCCUGCCGCUCAAACGCAUUUUUCUGCUGCCUCGUCUCGCUUUAAAUGAGGUAAAAGGAAUGAAUAGCUGCAGGCGUGGAUGGUGAAUGAAGCGGGAAACACCCAUCAAUCCACUGCAAGUCUCAACUGAAGGGAGUCUUACGGAAGAAGUUAACUUGGAUACAAAGUACCACAGAGAGCUUCUGGACUGCAGCGCGUGCCUGUGUCUUUACUAAGGUCUACAUAAAUGCACCAGCUGGAGCUCGGAGCUGAAACAUGUUCACGUGUUUGCUCAGCAGCGGCUCACUGGGAGGCUGGUAAUGGUUUGUGGGUCCUUCAGAGUCUGUUGAACUGGAUUCAUCGUCCUACAUCAUAUACAACACUCCCGCGCAGCACUCCGUGCAACUUGUCUCGGGGUCGAGAGCGGAGUUGGUGAACAGUGUGAAUCAGAGUCGCUGUGGGGACUGCUGAGCUCGCCACACAGCUGUCAGGAGGAGAGCCGCGGAACCUGCAAACUUAUGAACUGAGAAGGUGUAUCGUGUCCUUCGGUCUGCUGGUAUCAGGAUGUGGUUCACAGUCAGACUGAGUCUCUGCCUGCUGGGCUUCUUUCUCAUCUCUGUGUUCCCUCACACAGCACAAGGCCAAGUUUCAUCACCAAGAAGGCUUCGUACCAAAGUCCUGAGCCCCACCAAGCUGCACGUGUCUUGGAAAGAACCCAAAGGACAGUUUGAAAGCUACAAAGUCAUUUACACCACACGACCAGGCGGAGAGCAGAAGGUGGUUCAGGCAUCAAAGCAGGAAGCAAAACUGGUCAUCGAGGACUUUGAUCCUUCUAAAACGUACAACUUUAAGAUCAUUGCAGUCCAUGAGGGGCAGGAGAGCAAACCUCUUCAGGGCAAACAUGAAGCUCAGCAAUCAGCUGUUGAAAUGGCUCCAUCCCAAGGGAGAAAAAACGGCAGCGUCACACAGGAGAACAAUGAGAUCUCAGAAGCUGAAGCGGGAUUUAUGUGUAAGACUCCAGCCAUAGCCGACAUCGUGAUCCUGGUAGACGGUUCCUGGAGUAUCGGGCGGAUCAACUUCAGGCUGGUCAGGACCUUCCUGGAGAACCUGGUCAAGGCGUUUUCAGUGGAGAUUGACAAGACUAGGAUUGGUCUGGCUCAGUACAGUGGAGACCCCAGGAUCGAGUGGCAUCUGAACGCUCACACCACUAAAGAGUCUGUAAUCGAUGCUGUGAAGAAUCUGCCAUAUAAAGGAGGAAACACACUGACAGGUCUGGCUCUGACCUUCGUCCUGGAGAACAGCUUCAAACCCGAGUCAGGCUCCAGACCCGGUGUUCCCAAGAUAGGAAUCCUCAUCACGGAUGGGAAGUCCCAGGAUGAUGUCAUACCCCCAGCGCAGAGCCUGAAGGAUGCUGGGAUAGAACUGUUUGCCAUUGGUGUGAAAAAUGCUGAUGAGAAUGAGCUGAAGGCGAUUGCCUCACCUCCAGAGGAAACUCACGUUUACAACGUGGCAGACUUCAGCGUGAUGAGCGACAUCGUGGAAGGUCUCACCAAGACCGUUUGCGACCGCGUGGAGCAGCUCGACAAGAAGAUCAAAGGGGGGGCGGAGCCUGCCCCGCCACCAGCCGUCGUGGCUGCACCUCGUGACCUCGUGACCUCGGAGAUAACUGCUCGUAGUUUCCGGGUGACAUGGACACACGCAUCGGGUCAGGUGGAGAAAUACCGAGUGGUGUACUACCCUGCCAGUGGGGGGCAGCCAGAAGAAAAGGUGGUCCAGGGGACACAGAACAGCGUGGAGCUGAGCUAUCUGAACUCUCUGACAGAGUACCAGGUGGCUGUUUUUGCCGUCUAUCGCAGCGCCGCAAGUGAAGCCCUGAGAGGAAGUGCUACUACAUUGGCCCUGCCCACGGUGAACAACCUGGAGUUGUUUGAUAUUACCCACAGCACUAUGCGGGUCCGCUGGAAGGCCGUCGCUGGGGCUUCUGGGUACAUGAUCUUGUACGCCCCGCUGACUGAAGAGGAUGCUUCAGAUGAGAAGGAGGUGAAGGUGGAUGACUCGGUGACUGAGGUGGAGCUGGAAGGAUUGACUCCAGCUACUGAGUACACAGUGACAGUUUACGCCAUGUACGGAGAGGAAGCCAGUGACCCCAUGACCAGCCAGCAGACCACAUUACCGCUGAUCCCAGCGAGGAACCUUCGUUUCUCUGAGGUGGAUCACAGCUCUGCCCGAAUCACAUGGGACUCCGCCUCCAGGAAGGUUAAAGGGUACCGCAUCAUGUACGUCAAAACCAAUGGAGUCCAGACCAAUGAGGUGGAUGUUGGCCGUGUGACAGCCUGGCUGCUGAAAAACCUGACAUCACUGACGGAGUACACUGUCGGUGUGUUUGCCGUCUAUGAUGAAGGACAAGCUGAGGUUGUGACAGACAGCUUCACCACAAAAACUGUCCCGGACCCAGUGGACCUGAGGAGCAGUGACAUCUCCACGAACAGCUUCAGGGUGUCCUGGGCUCACCCGGCGUCUGAUGUGGUGCUUUAUCGACUCACCUGGACACCCACCGACGGAGAAGAGAGCAGUGAGGUUUUGGUGAAUGGGAAUAUCAACACGUACCUGAUAAAGGAACUCACCCCCUCGACAGAGUACGAAGUCCUCCUGGCCGCCAUUUACGGGAAUGAGCUGGAGAGUGAUGAGGUGAUCCUCGUGGAGUCCACCGCUGAAAAAACAACCACCAUUGCCACGACAACCACCACCGUAGCAGCUCCUCGGUACGGGGUGAGAAGCAUGAAGAUCGAUGAAGAAACUACGUUCAGCAUGCGGGUGUCCUGGCAGCCCGUCGACCCCAGAAAUGCUCGACAUUAUCGACUGAGCUACAUCAGUGCGAGGGGAGACCGAGCAGCAGAGACGAGAACAGUGCCCACUGGUCAGAACAGCCUGGUUCUGCAGCCUCUGCUGUCAGACACAGAGUACAAAGUCUCCAUCACUCCUGUUUACCCCGAGGGAGACGGACCGGCAGCCGCCGCGACGGGACGGACGCUUCCUCUCUUAGCUCCCAGGAACCUGCGUGUCUCAGAGGAAUGGUACAAUCGCUUCAAGAUCAGCUGGGAUGUUCCACCGUCGCCCACAAUGGGCUACAGGGUCAUCUACCAGCCUCUAACUGCCCCUGGACAAGCCCUGGAAACCUUUGUGGGGGAGGAUGUGAACACCAUGCUGAUCGUUAACCUGCUGAGCGGUACCGAGUACAGCGUCAAGGUCAUCGCCUCCUACUCGACCGGAUCCAGCGAAGCCCUGACAGGAAGGGCCAAGACCUUGUACCUGGGCGUGACUAACCUGAGUACCUAUCAGGUGAGGAUGAACGGGCUGUGUGCCCAGUGGCAGCCUCACCGACAUGCCAGCGCCUACAGAGUGGCCCUGGAGUCGGCGGUUGGCAGCCAGAAGCAGGAGACGAGACUGAGCGGGGGAGCGAGCAGGCACUGUUUCAACAACCUGAAGCCCAACAUGCAGUAUAAGAUCAGCAUCUACGCUCAGCUGCAGGACGGGACCGAAGGGCCUGCAGUCACCACCGCUGAGAAGACACUACCCGUCCCGACCCCACCACCCACCAAGCCCCCGACCACCACGCCUCCACCCACAAUCCCUGCUGCCAAGGAAGUCUGUAAAGCUGCCAAAGCAGACUUGGUCUUCCUGGUUGACGGUUCCUGGAGUAUCGGAGAUGAAAACUUCCUGAAGAUCAUCCGUUUCCUGUAUAGCACCAGUGGAGCUCUGGACCGGAUCGGCCCGGAAGGCACACAGGUGGCUAUUGCCCAGUUCAGCGACGAUGCCCGGACAGAGUUUAAGCUGAACUCCUACAGUGACAAGGAGGGUCUGCUGGACGCCAUCAACAAGAUCUCCUACAAAGGAGGAAACACUAAGACAGGUCGAGCCAUCCAGCACGUGAAGAAAAACAUCUUCACAGAGGAGGCAGGAGCGAGAAGAGGAAUCCCCAAAGUCCUCGUGGUGCUCACUGACGGUCGAUCUCAGGAUGACGUCAACAAAGUCUCCAAAGAGAUGCAGAUGGAAGGUUACAUCGUGUUUGCCAUUGGCUUCGCUGAUGCUGACUACGGGGAGCUGGUGAGCAUCGCCAGUAAACCCAGUGACAGGCACGUCUUCUUUGUGGAUGACCUGGACGCCUUCAAGAAGAUUGAAGAGAAGCUGGUGACCUUUGUGUGUGAAGCUGCAACUGCCACGUGUCCGGCUGUGCCGAUGAGUGGCAGCACGAUGCCAGGCUUUCGCAUGAUGGAGCUAUUCGGGCUCGUGGAGAAUCGGUACAGCAGCAUGUCUGGCGUUUCCAUGGUACCCGGCACCUUUAACACGUUCCCCUGUUUCCACCUGCACAGCGACGCGCUGCUGGCACAGCCAACCAGGUACAUCCAUCCUGAGGGGCUGCCUUCUGACUACACCAUCACCCUGCUGUUCAGGCUGCUGGCCGACACUCCCGAGGAGCCUUUUGCGCUCUGGGAGAUCCUCAACAAGAACAACGAACCUCUAGUGGGCGUCAUCCUGGACAAUGGAGGAAAAACUCUGACGUUUUUUAACAAUGACUUUAAAGGAGAGUUUCAGACAGUCACCUUCGAGGGGCCAGAAAUAAAGAAGCUCUUCUUUGGAAACUUCCACAAGCUUCACCUCGCCAUCAGUAAGACGAGCGCCAAAGUGUUCGUUGACUGCAAGAUGGUGUCUGAGAAGACCGUCAACGCAGCAGGAAACAUCAGCACUGAUGGGCUGGAGGUUCUCGGUAGGAUGGUCCGCUCCCGAGGGAACAAGGACAACUCUGCACCGUUUCAGCUCCAGAACUUUGAUAUCGUCUGCAGCACCUCGUGGGCCAACAGAGACAAGUGCUGUGAACUUCCCAGUCUGAGGAAGGAGGUAGACUGCCCGGCCUUGCCUAAAGCCUGCACCUGCACCCAGGACAGCAAAGGCCCCCCAGGCCCUGCUGGACCACCAGGAGGCCCAGGAAUCAGAGGAGCCAGAGGAGAACGUGGAGAGCCAGGCCCUGUGGGACCAACUGGUCCUGUUGGAGAUACGGGUCUUCCAGGACCUCAGGGACCCCCAGGACGGCAAGGACCCAGUGGACGCUCCAUUAUUGGACCCCCGGGCAGUCCUGGAGAGAGAGGUCAGAAAGGUGAUGUGGGACAGCAAGGAACUCAGGGGGUUCCUGGAACACCCGGAGGUCCAGGGAGGGAAGGACCUCCAGGACCCAGAGGACUGCCAGGCAAAGAUGGCCCCCCAGGCACACAGGGCCCCCCAGGAACCAUCGGAACUCCGGGAGCUCCAGGAUCCCCAGGAAGUACAGGCCCUCCAGGAAAGCAGGGAGAGCUGGGCCCACCGGGACCUGCUGGAACUAAGGGAGAGAAAGGUGAACGGGGAGAUCUCCAGUCGACAGCAUCAGUUCAGGCCAUUGCCCGACAGGUCUGUGAGCAGCUGAUCCAAAGCCACAUGGCGCGCUACAACAGCAUCCUGAACCACGUGCCGAGUCCUCCGGUGUCAAUCCGCACAGUUCCCGGACCACCGGGAGAGCCUGGUCGAGAAGGACCCCCAGGACCACAGGGAGAACAGGGACCCCCAGGCAGACCAGGCUUCCCAGGACAAAAUGGACAGAAUGGGCAACCAGGAGAAAGAGGACAACCAGGAGAGAAGGGUGAUAAGGGAUCUCCAGGUGUGGGUGUACAAGGACCCAGAGGACCUCCAGGACCACCUGGUCCCCAGGGACAGGGCAGACCAGGUAGCUCUGGACCCUCAGGACGACCUGGAAAUCCCGGAGUACCCGGUCGGCCCGGAGCCCCCGGACCCAUCGGCCCCCAGGGGCCUCCGGGUUACUGUGAUCAGAACUCCUGUGUGGGCUACAAUGUUGGAGAAGGCGAGGAUGUCACUGACGGCGACGCUGUCCCCGCAGUCCAACUACCACCCAGCGUCUUCCAGAACUAUGGCGAGGUCGAGGAAGACGAUCCGUACCGCUACUACCAGCCCAACUACCCGGCCCCUCGACCAGUGGCGCCUGAUGAUCCCGCACUGGCCCUGGGUGACAUUGAGCUGAGGUCUCCUGGCGUCUACCGCACCUCUCGGAGUGUGAAGGAGGAGGAAGAGAAAGUCGGGACGAAGAGGCGACUAAAGAGAGGCGCUGCGUGGACUAACUGAGAGGAGUUGAUUCUGAUUGGGCAGCUCGGAGCUGCUAUGGACUAAUCAACAAGUGCCUGAUGUAAAGGAUUUCUUAUGGACAUUGUAGAGGGACGGGAAGGGAUACCAGUCGGGACUAUUGUAACAUCUAUGCUACAUUAAGAAAACUUUCAAAACAAUUUACAUUUUGUUUUUCAUUUGUCAACAAUAUUGUUUGGAAAUCGUCGGAUCUUAAAGAGGGUUCAUGUUUCACAGGUGAACUGUUCUCACAGACUGUAUAACAAAGGUUCAUGUAGCCACCAAUGACGUUCCCCGCUGGUUUCUAACGUUUCGUUUUGAAUCCUGUUUGGUUUCCUGAUACUGUUUAAAGAAGCAAGGGAUCAAUGUGAGAAACCAGUGGAAAUGGUCAAGGGGUCGUGACCUCUCAGUUCAUAGACCCAUUAAAGUACAGUAACGUGUCAAACUGGGCAAAAACACAGCCGUCCAUUAUUUUUAACUGCUUCAAUAAGGAUCAUGGGGAGGAACAGAGUCUCUCCUAGUUAACACACAGUGAGUGGUUUAUCACAGGGCUGUCGGGCUGUUUGCUUCAACCAGUGGAAUAUUUAAUUCUAUCCACAAGAAGGGAAACCAGUACAACAAGAGACAUAACCACUUAUAGAUACACAUGGAAAAUGAACACUAGGAACACUGGUGCCCUUCUCAUUGUUCAGUCAUUAACAGUUGUGCUUUAACAUGAACUGACCAAGAUGUAAACGAUCUAAAUGGACCUCAGAAUGUAAAUGUCUUUGAAGCAGACUUUGAAUCUCUGCAGUCAUCAGGACACAGCUGCUGGAUCCCAGGUUAACUUCAAUCUACGACUCUAUACUCCAUCUACUUUAAUGUCUGCAUUAAAUUCUGUCAUUACAAAGUAAACACAGCUUGAAGCAGAUUGUUGAACAAAGUAAAUAAAACCCUGACAAAUAUCUAAAUGUACCACUGCUUACCUUCAGUCCCUCUGAUGAUAAAUGGUCCCUCAGCUAAAUCAAACGCUGCUCCCUCAGUCCUCACAACAGCAGCUGAACUGCUCUGAACUCUGCAUCUACACACAGAUGAUCUAAACUAAUGGAGCCUUAAACCACGCCCCACUUUAUCAUUUUUAUUCUUUAUUGGACAGUUGAUUAAAUAAAGUGGGUUUUAAAGAAGACUGAAAACGACUGAUUUUGACCCUGAAAGUUUCAACUUUAAGGUCACAGAUCGACUAUGUCAGUUUCCCCACAGACUUCUGUCAAACGCUGCCACCUUCUGGUCAUCAGAGAGAAUUUAGGGUUCAAGGCUAAUCAGACGUAGAAGCUACAUCCUUCUUUUAUAUACAGUCUGUAACUGUCCCUGUGGUCGUUAAUCAGAGACUCGUCUGUCAUUUAUAUUUUUAACCUGGUUGGUUAAGUGCCUCCAAACGGUCCAGCAACAACUUAUUUCAAACGGUCUCCGUCAUUAUUUUUUCUUUAAAACCUGUUAGUCUUACAAGAUUUUAUUUUACUCUGUUGCUUCUCUGACAGAAAAAAUAAAAUAAAAAUAUCCAAAAGGUUUUGAUUUAAAUUGCAAAGUGUUUGAUGACAAUGAUGUAAUCUGUUAGUGUGUUGGUCCUGUCCUGCAUCAGUCUGAUUAUUACCUCCAGUGUCUUUGUUUUAAAGCCUUUUUAUGUAAAGUUUUGCAUGUUUUUGUUUAUUUCAGUUACCAUGCAGUGUAUCAUUUUCUAAUCGUAGAGCCAUACAAACAUUUUAUUGUUACAUAUUCAUAUUAUUUUGUAGUGCAGGUGUUGUCGCAGUAUUAAGCUCAAACUGGUCUCUGUGUUUGGGGAGGCUGAUGAAAAUAUAAGUUGUAAAAACUGAGAUUCUUUCUGUGUAAAUGUAUUUUGGUUCAGUUUGUCAACCCACAGUUUUACUCAGAGAAGCAAAUUUAACAAAGUUUAGUUGGAAAAAAUGUUAUUUUUCACAACGCUCUGUUUCUUACUUGGUGUUUUUAUUUAGUUAUCACUUCAUUUCUUGUCUUUAUAUUCAGACUUUAAUCCUUUAGUCUCAUUGUCUGAAAAAAAUCCCAGUUACGUGGAGGACUAUGCUUUUAUUCAACCUUGUUUGAUGUGAAUUUGGCCAGAAUUUGAACUUUGAACUUUCCUUCUGAGUUUAGUGUUUUGAAGCCUUCAGGUCUGUGAGGAGAGCAGUUCCCUCUACACCUCCGACCAGAAUGUUUAAAAAAUAAAAUCAAGGAAUUAAUUUA